AUGCUGAACUCAUUCCAAAUCUUCUUUUUGUUUGUGGCCUUCAGUCAGUUCAUUCUGGGGAUUUGGGGGAAUGGCUUUCUUGGGCUUAUCAAUUGCAUUCACUGGAUCAAGAGGAGCAAGAUUUCAUUAUCUAACUUCAUCAUUAUGAAUCUAGCCUUCUCCAGGAUCAUCCAGCAGUGUGUGGUCAUUUUUCAUGUCACUACCUUGAUGUUCUAUCCUGAUCCCCAUUAUGGAGUGACAUUAAGUCAGAUUCGGGAUAUCGGCUGGAUUCUUAGUAACUAUUUAAACAUCUGGCUGUCCACCUGCCUCAGCGUUUUCUACUGCCUGAAGAUUGCCAUUUUCUCCCACCCUGCCUUCCUCUGGCUAAAGUGGAGGAUUUCCCAGGUGCUUGCCUGCAUUCUGCUGACCUGUGUGCUCUUCUUUUUCAUCAGUAUAUUGUUACUGAUCCAAAAAUUCGAAAUGUAUUCUGACUUCGUAAAACUGAGACUCAUUACCAAUGACACCGAAAAUGUCAGAAGAAAGGAAGGAGAAUUUUAUGUCUUCCAAGUUCUUAGUCUCCUGUGGACACUGAUACCAUUCAAUAUAAGCCUGUUCUCCUGUCUCUUACUCAUCCUCUCCCUAAGGAGGCAUACCAGGAUGAUGGGGCACCAGGUCAAUGCGACCAGAGAUGUGAGCACUAAGGCCCAUGUGAGAGCCACCAUUGUAAUGUUUUCCUUUCUCUUCCUCUUUGUCUUUUAUUUGGUCAUUCUCUUCAUGGGGACAGCAAGCGCUUUCCUGAAAAAUGGCAAAGUAAUAAUAAAGAUUACAUUGGUGGCUAUCCCUAUCUAUCCCAUUGUACACUCAUUUAUCCUCAUUCAGCAAAACAAAAACCUGAAGCAGGCAUUCUUGAGGCUGCUCUGGUUGAAGAAGGGCUGCAUGAAAGGUGGGGGCAGGGGAUCCUUGACCCACUAG